AAGUCGAAUUUUAGAUCCCUACGAAAAAUAAAAAUUCUUCAUAGAUAUUAUUUUUCUUUUUUUGAAAUUUAUAUCGUGCUGACAAAAUUCAAGAUUUUAUAGAGUAGCCAGAUAAAGGAACAGAACUUAAGGUGCAAGAAUUCGUCUGCAAUAUGAUGAUAAAUGCGAAUCUUACAGGAAGAAGGAAUCUCACCAGGAAGAAACAAUAGAAAGGAACGUUGGGGAAAUCCAUGCUGCCAUUGAAGUAAUUAUUCAUAGAAAGCUAACAGACAGUGAGUGAGAAGUGGAAUUUAAGUGGAAAUUAUGGACACUACCAUGACACAGCAUAGAAAUCGUAUGCAGUCGUCGACGUCAACAACAAAUAGUAGUUCAGCGUCCGGCAGUAUCAAUGUUGCAUCUCCCAUAAACAGUAGUAACAAUGGCCAGGGCUCAACAUCGGCAAUCAUUUCACAAUCUCCACCUGCCAUAGAAAGAAGCACAUCGUCAUUUGCCAAUCUCUUGGAUGGCUUUACUUCGCGUGUUUCAGGAGAUCGUCAGAGUCAGAGUGCUGCUAGUACUCCGAGUUCCAGCAGUUCUUCGGCUGUGUUGCCAAUGAUAGGUGGAGGCGGUGGUGCGCCCAUUUCGACUGCAAGUCUAGUGAGUGGUGCUUUGGGAGGUGCUAGUUCAAUUGCAAGUUUAACGAGCAUAGGCUCCACUGCCAAUGCCUUUUAUUCUUCGAUUGGAUUAGCACUGAACUCAUUGACGUCCCCCAUAACAGCGGCCGCAGCCGCUGCCUCGGCAACAACGGCUGAAGUUGUUGUUGCAGCAGCCUCCGCCAUUUCGAAUCAUCUUAGCUCACCAACAAGCACUACUCCACCACAUGGGGAACUCGAUGACGACGAUGACUGUGAUGAAGAUGACGACGAAGAGGACGAUGGUGAGGAUGGCAACAUACCCGCUCCCACUCCACGCAAAACUUGGUCUGAAAUAAAAGCUACAGUCAACGAGAUACGGAAACAAAUGUCUAAUCUGUCCAGUAUGGUACCCAGUAGCAUACAAUUUCGCACUCUGUCGGAUGGUAGAGUUCGUUGCUAUUUCUUGAGUACACCACCAAAUGCGUGGGAACCAACGUUGCUCUAUACAGACAUAAAUUUAUCAAAUAUGCCAUCUACGAAUAAUUCGGAUGAUUUAGCAUCGCCAGAUAGCCCUAAUGACAGUGGUAGCAUACGAAUGGGAUCCCCACCACCAUCACAUGCAUCAUCGCCAACGAUGCAAUCGGGUUUCCUGGGCGGUUUUGGUAAUAGUGCCAAAAGACUUCGUUGGAACGUAGUAUUACAACAACCCAUGUCUAUCGCUGCGGCAACAGCAGGGGCAAGUGGCUUAAAUGUUUGGGCAAGGGAGUUCCAACUGAUGCAGGAACGCAAACGACUCUCAACGUGGGGCAUAACAUCAUAUGAAUUGCACAAGCCUAGUGGCAAAAUAGUGUUUCCGUGCUUAAAUGACUUGUACCAAUGUUUGGAUACUGGAUAUAAUAAUAGUCCACUCUUCCCAAUACAACUGCGCACAUGCCCCCAAUGGGCUGCAUUAGAUCCACAAAUAUGUCCACAGAAUUCCGAUUUGAUAGCCUACAUUAGCGGCUGCGACAUUUGGGUAACUCAUACACUCAGUGGCCAUGAGGAACGUCUAACGUUUGCCCACGACGGAAGGCGCACCUUUGCCGAUGAUCCUCUAAGCGCUGGUCUUCCUUCGUAUGUAAUGCAAGAGGAAUUCAGCCGCUAUCAGGGUUAUUGGUGGCAGCCACAUUCGGAUGAUGGCAUAUAUCGCAUAGUUUACGAAGAGGUAGAUGAAUCGGAUGUUUGUCUGUACACCUUCCCAUCAGCACAUGCGGCUCCGGGCGAAAUGGAAGAGUAUAGAUUUCCCAGAACUGGUACACCAAAUGCCAAAUCUAAACUAAAAAUGGUUCAAUUCGUUUUAAACGAAUCUUUGCAAAUCAGUGAUGUAUGUAUUAAAGACUUGCCAUAUUCCUUGUCUGUUGUACUGCCUUGGUUAGAGUACAUUGUGCGCGUAGGCUGGACCAUGGACUCCAAAUAUGUGUGGAUGGCAGGGAUGGAUCGCAAGCAACAGCGUAUGGACUUGUUACUUAUACCAGUAGAUAAUUUCUGUGAAACCUACAGUAGUUCCACUUCAUCACCAUCGGGCUCAACUGAUCAUAGUUGGAAGAGUCCCUUCUGCCGAACGGUAUCUCCCUUGCAGGUCAUAUAUACUCAAAUAUCCGAAUCAUGGAUUAAUGUACAUGACUUGUUACAUUUCCUGGAAAUUACCGACACAACAGUAACCUUUCUUUGGGCCUCCGAAGAGACGGGGUUUCGUCAUUUAUAUCUAGUUACUUCAAGCCUUUGUGCAAAGACAUUAAAUGGCUGCAAUGAUCCUGUUUUGAAUUCAUCUGCUGGUAGUGCUUUCGACAACAGUCAACGCUUAAAGUUCCAUGGUGCGACAAAUUCGUCAGAUAAUCAUGCUGCCGAUAUAAUGGACUCGGCAACACUUCAUCCACGAAUUAUAAAUAAGGUCGCUUUAACUUCCGGGGAAUGGGAAGUGCUGGGCCGCAACCUAUGGGUUGAUAAGGAAAAACAGCUUGUGUACUUUUUAGGCUUAAGAGAAACACCACUCGAAAAACACUUGUAUGUUGUAAGUUUACAAAGGCCGGAACACAUCAGGCAGCUAACUGAACCGGGCUACUCAUACAUGGUGGAAUUCGAUGAGUCAUGUCAAUUAAUGCUUCAAGUUUACUGCAACAUACAACGUUUACCAUCCUGCAAAGUAAUGCGUUUGGUGCAGACAUGCCAAAAUGGUGGAGUAAAUGGCAUUCAUCUUUCAUUGAUGGGCUAUUUACACGAAGGUGGCAAACCCGAACCUCAGUAUUGUCCCCAAAUCUAUUCGCCUCAACUGCCUUCGGGUGAGAUUGUGUAUGCGAUGGUUUUUAAACCUCACAAUUUCCAAUUGGGUGUAAAAUAUCCUACGGUAUUAAAUGUUUAUGGUGGACCUGAAGUGCAGACUGUUAAUAAUACAUUCAAGGGUAAACAUCAGUUGCGAAUGCAUAUGCUGGCUGCUCAGGGUUAUUGUGUUAUUUGUAUAGAUUCGAGAGGUUCCCGACAUCGCGGCAUUAAAUUUGAAAGUCACAUACGCUGUCGCAUGGGCCAAGUGGAAUUAAACGAUCAAGUGGAUGCUUUAAAAAUUCUUGCUGACCAACUAGGUUAUAUUGAUAUGAAUCGAGUGGGAAUCCAUGGUUGGUCAUACGGAGGCUAUUUAAGUCUCAUGGGCUUAGUGCAUUAUCCAAACAUAUUUAAGGUAGCCAUAGCUGGUGCGCCAGUCACAAAUUGGGAAUACUAUGAUACGGGCUAUACAGAACGUUACAUGGAUUUGCCACAAAACAAUAAGCACGGUUAUACGGCUGGUUCGGUGCUCAAUUACAUUCAUUCAUUUCCCGAAGAAGAUAACCGAUUAUUGCUGAUUCAUGGCCUCAUCGAUGAAAAUGUACAUUUUUUCCACACAUCUCAGCUGAUAAAUGCCUUGAAUAAAGCCAAUAAACCCUAUACACUGCAUAUAUUUCCCGACGAACGGCACUCGUUGCGGAAUCUGGAAUCCAAUAAGAAUUAUGAGACAAAAUUGUUGUCAUUUCUGCAAAACCUAUAAAAAGCAAGCAAAGCAACACAUUCGGAGACACAUUUGUUUGUUGUUGAUGAUGAAUGCAGCGCAGCGCAGCGCAGCCAGCAAUUCUACACACACAUCAAUCAAUAUAAUACCUAUAUAUACAUAUAUAAACUUGAGAUUUUCGGCGUUAAAUAUGUACAUUCAGAUCAAUUUGUUGUAUUUGUUUCAAACCCUCUGUAUCCAUCCCUGCAACCCUACCAACCCUCUCUUCCUAUUCUGCGUACUCUCUAAUUUUACUUUCUCAACAAGAAAAAAUGCUUCUUUUUAGUGGCUGUUACAAUUUAAUGCAAUAUGCAAUGAUAUUCUCUUUUUUCUUUUUUCUUUUUUUUUUGUUUUAAUUAUUUUUAUUUUUUAAACUGAUUACUGAAAAUAUUAUUCCAGGAAUGUCAUCAUCGAUGAGAUUUAGUGAAAAGCAAAACAAAAAAAAAAAACAAAACAAAUGCAUAUGCAAACCUACCCCCUACACCCCAUUAACAGGGGCAAAGUGUUUAAUUAAUUAUUGAAGAAGACAACCUGUUAUUUAAUUGUGCUCGUUCGAAAUUUAUUUCAAUAUAUUUUUGUAAUUUAAAUAAACAUAAA